GCACACCAUCCACCACCCCAACCCAUUGACUCAAGUUCUACUAGAAGCUUGUAAUCAUGGCAUCUACAUUUGCCCUUCGUCGAUUUGCACUCACAGCUGCUCGACCUGCUCGGUCAUUCCACAGCUCGGCCCGUGCCUUUAUCAAAGUUGGGGACCGGCUCCCGAAUCUUGACGUCCUUGUUGAGAACUCACCGGGUAACAAGGUGAACCUGAGUGAACUUACCACCACCGGCAAGGCUUUGAUUAUUGGUGUUCCUGCUGCAUUCAGUCCAUCCUGCUCCAACUCUCAUAUCCCGGGUUACAUCAAUUCCAAGAAGCUGAAGGAUGCCGGCAAGGUUUUUGUUGUUGCUGUCAACGACCCUUUCGUCACGAAGGCCUGGGGUGCAUCAUUGGACCCUACGGGUAGCUCAGGAAUUCGAUUCCUGGGAGACCCAACUGCCAAGUUCACCGAAGCCCUUGAUUUAGCCUUCGAUGGCACUGCCAUCUUUGGUGGUCCCAGAAGUAAGCGUUAUGCUCUUGAAAUUGAGGAUGGAAAGGUCAAGGCCAUGCACGUAGAACCUGAUAAUACGGGUCUUAACGUCUCCGCUGCAGAGAAGGUCCUUGGCUAGUGGGUGACUGGGGGGUCAUAUGGUCGAUGAUG